AUUCUCUCUCUCUCUCUCUCUCUCUCUGACAGAUUCAGUCGAUCGAACAGCCGCCGAUCGCCGCCCAUGACUCUGAUGACUCCUCCACCGUUAGAUCAGGAGGACGAUGAGAUGUUGGUCCCACACAAUGACUUCGUCGAAGGUCCUCAGCCAUUGGAAGUGGCGAAGGAAGCUGCAAGUAAAGUGGAUGCACAAGCAGUGGAUGAUCCGCCGUCAGGACGGUAUACAUGGACGAUUGAUAAUUUUUCGAGGCUUAAUACUAAGAAGCUGUAUUCUGACAUAUUUUUUAUUGGAGGCUACAAAUGGCGGAUACUUAUUUUCCCCAAGGGUAACAAUGUUGAUCAUUUGUCAAUGUAUCUUGAUGUUGCGGAUUCAGCAACUUUACCUUAUGGAUGGAGUAGAUAUGCACAGUUCAGCUUAGCUGUCUGCAACCAAACACAUAAUAAGUAUACAAUUAGAAAAGACACACAGCAUCAGUUUAAUGCACGUGAAAGUGAUUGGGGCUUCACUUCAUUCAUGCCUCUUGGUGAACUAUAUGACCCUAGUAGAGGCUUUCUUGUGAAUGACACGUGUGUAGUAGAAGCUGAUGUUGCUGUGCGCAAAGUUGCUGAUUAUUGGUCUCAUGACUCGAAAAAGGAGACUGGUUAUGUUGGACUCAAGAAUCAGGGAGCCACCUGCUAUAUGAAUUCUCUUCUGCAAACACUCUAUCAUAUUCCCUACUUCAGAAAGGCUGUGUACCAUAUGCCAACAACUGAGAAUGACAUGCCAACAGGGAGUAUUCCAUUAGCUUUGCAGAGUCUAUUUUAUAAGCUCCAGUAUAGUGACACUAGUGUGGCAACAAAGGAGUUAACAAAAUCUUUUGGGUGGGACACUUAUGAUUCUUUCAUGCAGCAUGAUGUCCAGGAACUUAAUAGGGUUCUUUGUGAAAAGCUUGAAGACAAAAUGAAGGGAACAGUUGUGGAGGGUACAAUUCAACAGUUGUUUGAAGGGCAUCAUAUGAAUUAUAUUGAAUGUGUUAAUGUGGACUAUAAGUCAACAAGAAAGGAGUCAUUUUAUGAUCUUCAGCUUGAUGUGAAAGGCUGUAAAGAUGUUUAUGCAUCUUUUGACAAAUAUGUUGAAGUGGAGUGUCUUGAAGGUGACAAUAGGUAUCAUGCUGAACAGUAUGGUUUACAGGAUGCCAGGAAAGGAGUUCUUUUCAUCGACUUUCCCCCUGUUCUUCAACUUCAGUUAAAACGUUUUGAGUAUGAUUUCAUGCGGGAUACUAUGGUGAAGAUAAAUGAUCGCUAUGAGUUUCCCUUGCAACUUGAUCUGGAUAGGGAGAAUGGCAAGUAUUUAUCACCUGAGGCUGACAGAAGUGUUCGCAACCUUUAUACACUUCACAGUGUUUUGGUUCAUAGCGGUGGGGUGCAUGGCGGGCACUACUAUGCUUAUAUCAGGCCAACCCUCUCAGAUCAGUGGUUCAAGUUUGAUGAUGAACGGGUAACAAAAGAAGACAUUAAGAGGGCAUUGGAGGAGCAGUAUGGUGGUGAAGAAGAGUUACCGCAGACAAAUCCUGGGUUCAACAACAUUCCAUUUAAAUUUACUAAAUAUUCAAAUGCAUAUAUGCUUGUGUAUAUACGAGAAAGUGACAAGGACAAAAUAAUCUGUAAUGUGGAUGAGAAGGACAUCGCUGAACACCUCAGAAUAAGAUUGAAGAAAGAGCAAGAAGAAAAGGAGCAAAAGAGAAAAGAAAAAGCAGAGGCACAUCUCUAUACUGUUAUAAAGGUUGCACGCAAUGAAAAUCUAGUUGAGCAGAUUGGAAGGGAUAUAUACUUUGAUCUGGUGGAUCAUGAAAAAGUUCGUAGCUUUCGAAUUCAGAAACAGAUGCCUUAUAAUGUUUUCAAGGAAGAAGUUGCUAAAGAAUUUGGUAUUCCUGUACAAUACCAACGUUUUUGGUUGUGGGCCAAGCGGCAGAACCAUACAUACCGUCCAAAUCGACCGUUAACUCAUCAGGAGGAAGCACAAUCAGUAGGGCAACUGAGAGAGGUUUCAAACAAGGCAAACAAUGCAGAGCUGAAGUUGUUUCUAGAAGAGGAGCUUGGGCCGGAUUUGCAGCCAAUAGCUCUGCCCGAGAAGACUAAAGAAGAUAUUCUUCUUUUCUUUAAACUCUAUGAUCCGUACAAGGAGGAGCUUCGUUAUAUCGGGAGGAUGUUUGUGAAGGGUGCAGGGAAGCCAAUGGAAAUACUGGCAAGGAUCAACAAAAUGGCGGGCUUUGAUCCUGAUGAAGAGAUUGAACUUUAUGAGGUUGCUUUGGUUAUUAUGUUUUUGUUGCAUCUUGUUUCCAAAGAAUGUGUUUACCACAUCUCACUUGUCUCUUCCUCACAGGAAAUAAAAUUUGAACCCAAUGUCAUGUGUGAAUGCAUUGACAAGAAGCUCACUUUCCGUACCAGUCAGCUUGAAGAUGGUGAUAUUAUAUGCCUUCAAAAAUUUUCUGAAGUUGUUAGCGAACAAUGCCGUUAUCCUGAUGUUCCUUCGUUUCUGGAGUAUGUGCACAAUCGUCAGGUUGUUCGGUUCAGAUCUCUAGAAAAGCCAAAGGAUGAUGAAUUUUCUCUCGAGUUGUCAAAGCUUCAUAAUUAUGAUGAUGUUGUUGAAAAGGUGGCUCGACAUCUUGGCUUGGAUGAUCCUUCCAAAAUUAGGCUUACAUCCCAUAACUGUUAUUCUCAGCAACCUAAACCCCAACCUAUCAAAUACCGAGGAGUGGAACAUUUGUCUGACAUGCUGAUUCACUACAAUCAGACUUCUGAUAUUCUAUAUUAUGAAGUGUUGGAUAUACCUUUGCCAGAACUCCAAGGCCUCAAAACUUUGAAAGUUGCUUUUCAUCAUGCUACCAAAGAUGAAGUAGUUAUUCAUACUAUUAGAUUGCCAAAGCAGAGCACUGUAAGGGAUGUUCUUGUUGACCUGAAGACAAUGGUGGAGUUGUCUCAUCCUGGUGCCGAACUUAGAUUACUUGAGGUUUUCUAUCACAAGAUUUACAAGAUCUUCCCGCUCACUGAAAAGAUAGAGAACAUAAAUGAUCAAUAUUGGACAUUACGUGCAGAGGAGAUACCUGAAGAGGAGAAAAACCUUGGUCCUCAUGAUCGCAUGAUUCAUGUUUACCAUUUUACGAAAGAUACAACACAAAACCAGCAAGUUCAGAAUUUUGGAGAGCCAUUUUUCCUUGUUAUUCACGAGGGUGAAACAUUAGCUGAAGUUAAAGUGCGAAUUCAGAAAAGAUUACAGGUUCCGGAUGAGGAAUUUGCCAAGUGGAAGUUUGCUUUUCCGUCACUAAGUCGUCCCGAUUAUCUUCUGGACUCUGAUGUUGUGUCUACUCGUUUUCAGAGACGGGAUGUAUAUGGUGCCUGGGAACAGUAUCUUGGACUGGAACACACUGAUAAUGCCCCUAAACGGUCAUAUGCUGCAAAUCAGAACCGUCAUACGUUCGAGAAACCUGUAAAAAUCUACAAUUAGAGAUCAAAAAUCAGAUGGGCAGCAAUUCUAUUGGGUGGAAAUCUGUUGCUGGAGGUUACAUCCAACUUUGUUGUAAUAAGCGAAGAAGCCCGGAGGAGGCUCAUUAUUCAGUACUGCAGGAGCCGUUAUCAAGUAUUUUAGAUCCGUUCCAUUCAGCUGUAUGAGAAGAUGUCAACCUGCAUGUUUUCCCAAUAGUUUGGAGUCGUCAACGCAGUCUAGGUAAAAGCAUUUCGUGUUAAGUACCGGUGUAAUUUAGUACUCAGAGAUUUUGAUUUUGCAUUUAUUGUCACUUGAAAUUUUCCAUUCAGAGGGCUGGUGAGUGGGGAUUGUAUAGAAAAUAUACUGUUAAGAGAUUUAUAAUCGUUUUUCA